AGACAAGUGAUUUAAGAGAAGAAGAUCCCAGCGCGCUUGCGCGGACCCACCAUCAACCAAAACAUCGAGAAGAAACAUCUGCUCAAAAUGAUACACUGAACCACAACAAAAGAGAUUGCAUCCCGCACUUUUAUGCCGUCAUGUUGUGCUGGCGGUCCUUGUGCACCCGCUCGUCAGCCUACACGCUGGCCCUGGGCAUCACUUUCGUCACUCUCGGCACCAGUCGUAUCCUGCUACUUAAAUUUGCCGCCAACGCAGAAAACAAGUAUGACUUUCUCCCAGCAUCUGUCAACAUGCUGGCCGAGGCGCUCAAACUGCUCUUCUGCCUCAUCAUGUCAGUCAGGGUGUUCGUCCGAGAGGGCCGCUCCUGCAAAGAUCUGCGCUGCUCUUCUGCCUCCUCGCUCCUCAGUUCUCUGAAGUGGGCUGUCCCUGCAUUCCUCUACUUUCUGGACAACCUCAUCAUUUUCUAUGUGAUGACCUAUUUGCAGCCUGCCAUGGCGGUCCUCUUCUCAAAUUUUGUCAUUCUAACCACGGCUGUGCUCUUCAGAGUUGUCCUAAAGCGUCGCCUAUCCUGGGUGCAGUGGGCAGUCUUGGUCAUACUCUUUCUUUCUAUUGUCUCUCUGACUUUGGAGUCAGACAGUAGUAAGAAGUCAGACGGAUUUGUGUGGGGAGGCCCCUCCAAACCCCUCUCCACACCGUCCAACUCCUGCCUGCUCUAUACACAGCUAUUGGAGCAGAUGAGAAACAGCAGCGCCAACGGCUCAUGGGUGUCGACGCUUCCCGGCCAGGCCUGGCGGGACAGUUUGGUGGGAAAGCUUCGCUCGCUAGGCGUGGGCCACAUCCUUCUCCUGCUGCAGUGCUUCAUCUCAGCCAUGGCCAACAUUUACAAUGAGAAGAUCCUAAAGGAAGGAGACCAGCUCAGCGAGAGCAUCUUCAUUCAGAAUAGUAAACUGUAUGUUUUUGGUGUGGUGUUUAACGGCCUGACCCUGGUUACCGGACAAGAGUCGAGAGGCCUCACUGUCCACUGUGGCCUAUUUUACGGACACAACGUCUACUCUCUAGCCCUGGUGCUUGUCACGGCGACUCUGGGCCUCUCUGUGGCCUUCAUCUUGAAAUUCCGGGACAAUAUGUUCCACGUGCUGACAAACCAGAUCACCACCGUCCUGGUCACCGCCCUCUCGCUCUUCCUGUUCAACUUCCGGCCCUCUCUGGACUUCUUCCUGAAGGCCCCCACGGUGCUGCUGGCCAUCUUUAUCUACAACGCCAGCCGGCCCCGGGACCUGGAGUACAGCUUGCAGAAGGAAAAGCUACGGGUCAUCAACGGGGAGGUGUUAAAGCGGUCCAGAGGGGAUGGCGAGGAGCUAGAACUGCUGACCAAAGCCAACGAAGACAGCGAUUCUGAAGCGUCGUCUUUGUAGUGCACAGAAACAGACGGUGUGCAGCCUUCACAGAGGAUGCGCAUUGUCUGGAAAAAGUUUGUUUUUUUGUGCCGCUGGAAAAAGGUCAGUGACGGCGUGGACGCUGCGUCUGGAACUGACGUGUUUGUUUUUCCUGUCGUCACACCUCAACACAUGCUUGGGUGUGCUAGGAAUAAGUCCGGCUACUGUAUUUUUUCUCUCUUGACUCUUUAUAAGGCAUGAAAAAGUAUCUGAAACUUUUGGAAUUUCUCACAUUUCUGCAUAAAAUCACCAUUAAAUGUGAUGUGAUCUUUGUCAAAAUCACACAGAUGUAAAAACUGUGUCUGCUUGAACUAAAACUACCCAAGCAUUUAUAGGUUUUUAUAUUUUAAUGAGGAUAACAUGCAAACAAUGACAGAAGGGGGAAAAAAUAAGUGAACCCUCUUUCGAAGGAGACUUAAAGAGCAGUUGAAACCAAUUUUUACCAAACAAUUUAAGUCAGGUGUGUGCCUAAUCACUGAUGAGUGGUUUAAAGUUGCCCUGCCCACUAUAAAACCCACACCUGGUAAGAAUUGUCUUGAUGAGAAGCACUGUCUGAUGUGCGUCAUGGCUCAGGUCAAAAGAGCUGUCUGAAGACCUGCGAUCAAGGAUUGUUGAUUUGUAUAAAGCUGGGAAAGGAUACAAAACCAUCUCUAAAAGUCUGGAUGUUCAUUAAUCAACAGUCAGAGAAGUUUUCUAAAAAAUGGAGAGAGUUUGGCAUUGUUGUCUCCCUGGGAGUGGCCGUCCACCAAAGAUGACGCCAAGAGUUAAGCGCAGAAUACUCAGAGAGGUAAAAAAGAACCAUAGAGUGUCUGCUAAAGACUUACAGAAAUCACUGGCACUAUCCAAUAUCUCACCUAUUUGUAAAACUAUAGCCAAAAAAAACCACGGAGGAACCCACUGCUAUCUUAAAAAAAAAACAUUGUUGCUCGUCUAAUGUUCGCAAAAAGGCACUUGUACACUCCAAAGAAGUUUUUGGAAAAAUACUUUGUGGACUGAUGAAACCAAAGUUGAAAUUAUUGGGAGCAACACACAAUGUCGUGUGUGGAGGAAAAAUGGAACAGCUCACCAACAUCAACACCUCAUCCCCGCCGUGAAGCACGGUGGAGGGAGCAUAAUGGUUUGGGGCUGUUUUGCUACCUCUGGGCCUGGAAGAAUGAUUUCAAAAGUUUUGCAGGAAAACCUGAGGCUGUCCGUCACAGUUGAAGCUAAAAGGAGGAUGGAUGCUGCAACAAGACAAUGAAGUGAAUCAACUUCAGAAUGGUUUCAGAAGAACAAAAUACACGUUCUGGAGUGGCCAAGUCAAAGUCCAGACUUGAACCCCAUUGAGAUGCUGUGGCAUGAUGUCAAUACAGAGAUUCAUGCUAGACAUUCCAGGAAUCUGACAGCAGUUUUGUAGAGAAGAAUGGGCCAAGAUUAGUCCUGAUUGAUGUGCCAGAUUGAUCUGCAGCUACAGGAAGCGUCUGGUUGAAGUUAUUGCUGCCAAAGGGGGGCGGCACAAAAUAUUAAAUGUGAUGGUUCACUUACUUAUUUUCCCACCUACUGACGUUGUUUGCAUGCUAUCCUCAUUAAAAUAUGAAAACCUAUAAAUGUUUGGUUGGUUUUACUCCAAGCAGACACUGGUUUUUCAUCCGUGUGAUUUUGACAAAGAUCAGCUCACAUUUGAUGGUGAUUUUAUACAGAAAUUUGAGAAAUUCCACAAGGUUCAGACACUUUCAUACCACUGUAACAAACUUUGUGGUAACCUUGUUUGUGGAAAAUGACUGUUUUAUUGGUCAUUUAAAAAUUAAAUAUAAUACAAAAAUAACCUGACAAAGACCUGGUAUCCACAUACAGGGACAUUACAUUUUGGGUGAUAAAAUUUGGUAUACAAGUGUGGCGCACAUCACUUAAAAUGCCAUAUUCACAUUUGCGGACGGCGGGGGCUUUAUAAUUACCGUCAUUUCCGGACUAUAAACCGCAAAUGUUUUCCUGUGCUGUGAACCCUGCGGCUAAUAUAUAUUCUUAUGUAGUAUUGAAAAGUAUCAAAACUGAAAUUUAUCCUGAUACAAUAUUUGACAGCAAAAAUAUGAAUAGUUAUUUGUUCUUGCAUGAACAGAUGUUACCAGAAAUGUGUUAUCAUGGGGUAAAUUUGAUUUUGCAGUACUCCUGAUAGCAAAGGAGGAUAUUUUUUCAUUUUCCUUGUUAAGCACAAAGCUUUCAAAUGUAAAAAAUCUGAAUUUUCUGUAUAUUAUUUCUGGGUUCAGGCAUUGUAGGGUUAAAUAAGUGCCCUAUAAAGAGUUAGGCUGCUAUGAGGAAAAAUUGAAUGAGUUCCAUUAACAAGAGACAUGAUCAGUGGACCAUACAUGGGAUUCUUUAAAAGCACAAUUUUAGUCAAAUUGUCAGUAUUUUUACAAUGUUAAACUGCUGUAUGUGUGCUUGGCAAAUGUUCGUCUGCAUUGAUGUUGUAGUGUGAUGGAAGGGAAUGAAAAUAUUUGUCAAAUAAAAUAAAACUAUGCUCUGUUGAUUUUCUUUUCCUCUCCAAA